AUGUCGUCUUUAUUGUUACAGGAGGAGGAGAUGGCUUCAGUGCCGACGACACCUAAUACAACUACACCGCCUCCAAUAUCGACGACAACGACAAUGCCGAAUUCGGCUUCUGUGGCAUCUGCCGAGAAGACGCAUGGAAUAGCAAUCGAUGAGCCGUCGGUGGCUCAUCAAGCCAUUCUAUUUAUUCUCGAUGUGCUCAUUCGGAACAAUCAAGCUAUGCCAAUUGUGAAGCUGUACGAUAGCUUCGCCGACCGAACAUUUACACCACAAAUGUUACGUGCUGUUGGUGGAAACGAGCAAGGAUUACAACAAUUCUUGCUUCGUUAUCCUUCAUUAUUUACUGUUAACAACGACACUGUUUCAGCAAAUAGUGCUACACCAGUUCGUACAUUAAAUUCAUCCUCAUCAUCGAAAUCUCAUCAGAAUCGAUCGAAACCAACAACUUCGCCCGCCUCGAGUAACGAGGCGAGUGAAAAUGAUCCGAUGACAACAUCAAUAAGUAACACAACGAACAACAACGAAACAGUGUGGGAUGCAAAGACAAUGCGCGAAAUCGAACAAGAAGCAAUCAAUUUCUUUAAAAAACAACUAACAAAACGUGAGGAAGAAUGGUUACCGAUUGUAAGCGUUGCUGGACAUGCAUCUCAAGCAUCCGCCGAUGUUCGCAAAUAUGUCGGUCCACAAAAUGAAUUCAAGAUAUUUCUUUUACGUUAUCCAAAUAUAUUUAUUGUUCGUGAUGAAUUUUGUGGCUUGAAAGGUAAAGCUGAUAUACCAGGAAUACCAUUUCCACCUCCAUCGCCUCCGCCAAAACGACGUUCAACUUUGACGAAUUCUGGCGGUAAUAAUUCGAUGUUAACUCGUUCGGCUUCGUUUAAAUCAAGUAUACGGCCAAUGCUUGGCGGUAAUUCCAUGCCAAGUACACCAACAAUCGGAAUGAAUACAUCAUCAUUACUUUCAUCAACAUCAUCAGCAAUACGAAAUCCAUCUCAACGUUUAACACCUAACGAAGUCAAAGCUGUUCAUUAUGUUAUGCGUGCACUACAUAAAAAUGGACGUGUUUUACUUCAGAGUGUACCGAAUCUGAUCGCUCGUGCACCGGAUCAUUUAACACCGUUGAUUGGUUUUACACGCGAUGAUUUAAUAUUAUUUUUUAAACGUCAUAAUGCGGUUUUUCAACUACACACUGAUGGAACAGUUACUGUGAAAUCUGAUGCUGCGCGGGCUCUACUGAAUAAAAGCGAUGCAAACAACAAUGGCACUGGCAAUAGUUUACAAACAUCAUUGUCGUCAACACAAUUGUCUCAAUCAGCAACGAAUUCGAUUUCAGCGACUGGUGUUGUCAUAAGAAUCUUUCCAAAAUAUGGAAUACUGAAUAUGGAUAAUAAUGAACAAGUGUUUUUCGAUAUACAAUCAUGUCAUUUUGAAACAUUCAGUGACCUCACUUGUGUGGUUAAUCCCGGCGAUACUCUAAAUGUCAAUGCUAUACUCGGUCCAAAAGAAGGUAGACUACGAAUGAAUGAUCAUGAAAAUAAGAUUUGCAUUCGGUAUAUUCUAGGUUCGACCAAAUGGAAAUCUUUGAAAACUUGGCCACGUCAAAAUCCUCGUCCAAAUAUUGUUCAUUCAGCAAGUACUAAUAAUUUAUCAUCGAUGACAUCGACGAAUGGUGGUUACAUAUCUCCGCCAUCAUUUGAAUCCUACGCAAAUUCAUCUAAUGGAUAUGCGCCUAUUGAUCAAGAAUUAAAUGCUUAUCAAAUCAGUAAUGAUUUAAAUGGUAGUGGAUAUGACGAAAUAGUCGAUACAAACGGUGGCCAAUUGUCACCAAUUGGAUUGAUUAAUUCGACGAAUCCUACACGACAUAGUCGUCUUGGCUUACCUACACUCGAUGAAGAACAAUGUCCACUGCCUAAAAUGGUCAGUGGUCUCGAUGCCGAAGUUCUUCGACGUAAUUUACAACAAGUUAUUCAACGAACAAAUACGAUUUCUCUACGUGAACAAGUCGAUGAAACUGGUCGAUAUGUCUCUCAAGGAUGUCAAACAACGUCGACAGGAGAAAUCUUAGCUACAAAUAUCCACAUCGAAUAA